CCUGGCCCUUCAGCUUUUUGGUUUUAAGAAACCGUCAAAUGGUUGCGACAACAACCAUGCCAAGCCCCAACUUGUUUGUGCUGGCGCCUGCCGUGCCUUAGAUGCUAGCUGUCAUAUGGUCUAUACAUAAUGUAAUCAUCUUGCCUUGUGCGAACAUGCGGCGUAGGAGGAUAUGGGCGUGCUGACAUACAAUGACCAUGUUGAGGCGCAUCGCUGCGAGCGGGGCUAGCCUACUGCAGCACAACCUGCGGGCCAGCACCUGCGGGAUUUCCACCUCUCCGUGGACUGAAGUCGCUAGGCUUAUAAGCAACACGUCCAACAGCUCGCCAAGCAGCCCGGACGAAGCACAUGUCAUCCAUGGCCCCAACACCGACAAGGCUGCGCACCAGCCUGCGCACCCACAGCCUCCUCUUCUCGACAGCUCUGGACCUGUAAGUCCGAGCGAGCAUGCCACUGCUGGUCUGGAUCGCCUCUGGCUGGACUUCCGCAGGUGAGCUGCCUCGCUGACUACAUCGCUACAACCCAUCACGGUACCUGUCGAAUGCCAAGCCAAGCGAAGCCAAACCAGGAUCUCGCUGCUGGCGGGACCCAUCCUCGCGCAGUACCUCAUGGCGCACGCCAGCCUCGGUAGCCCUGGUAGCCCUGGUAGCCCUGGUAGCCCUGGUAGCCCUGGUAGCCCUGGUAGCCCUGAUCGACACCGCCUUCAUCGGCCACCUGCCCGACCCCGCGCUGCCCCUCAGCUCCCUGCUGCUGGGCGGCUCCCUGGCCCUGGCCUCGGGACACCACCUCAUGUACGGCCUCGCAGCCGCCAGCGACACGCUGUCGGGGCAGGCGGCGGGC